GUGCAGAACCGUGGAACCGCGCGCGCGCUUGAGUAGUGUGUCGCCCCUUGAAAAAGUUGGACAUCGUUGACGCUCUCCGUUUCGAUUGCACCGGACGGAUUUAAAAGGUGUGUGUGCGCGUAUCUGUGAAUCAGAACGAAGGCCUGCAAAAGAACGAAAAGACACCGGGAAAACGAGUUUUAUAUGAAAAGAGCGACACUAGAAAAGAGAAAACCGUGCUUAAACCUUGUUGUCAACCUCGUCAUUUUCUUCGUGCCGUUGUCGUUGGUAUCGUCUUCGUCGUCGUCGUCUAAAUGGUUGCGGAAAUGGCAGUCGGUGCACAGAUCGACACGUCCGAACGAGAGACCGGCAACACAAAAAUCCCUUUGCUGAGCGGUGAUCAGGAACACGAAACCACAAAAGCGAUCGAAGUGAAACAGAAAGCAGAGGAGAGCGGAAGUACAAGCGGAGCCACGGAGAACGUUGUAGAAAAGGGGGAGGUUGAGGCGACGAAGGAAGGCGAGAAGGAGAAGGAUAAAGAGGAUAAAAAUAGCGGCAGGAACGAGAAGGAAACGGAGACUACUGAUAAGGAGAAAGAUGCCCCGAAUGAUCAGGAGGUUGUCUUUAUUCAGGACAUGGGCUUCACCGUCAAGAUUGUCAGCCCAGGUUCCGAACCCUUUGACAUUCAGGUUUCUAGCAUGGAGCUUGUUCAGGAGAUCCACCAGCUGCUCAUGGACCGCGAAGACACUUGUCACCGUACGUGCUUCUCCCUGCAACUGGACACCAACACAUUGGACAACUUCGCCGAGCUGAAGAAUAUCGAAGGCCUGAAGGACGGCUCGAUCAUCAAGGUGGUGGAGGAGCCGUAUACGAUGCGGGAGGCGCGUAUACACGUGCGGCACGUGCGCGACUUGCUCAAGUCCGUAGACCCCGCGGACGCUUACAACGGCGUCGAGUGCAGCAGCCUGUCGUUCCUCAAUAUCGUUACGAACGGCGAUAUUCUGGAGAAGAAGAAGACCCGGGCGGAUUCCGUCGACUGCACGCCGCCUGAUUACAUCAUACCCGGUUGCAAGGACAGGCCUCUGUUGCCCCUUCAGCCGCAGGCGAAAGAACAGAAGUGUCCUCCGUGUUUAAAGGUUCUAACAACGUCGGGAUGGAAUCCACCGCCCGGCCAUAGAAAACUUCACGGUGACCUAAUAUAUUUGCAUGUAGUGACACUGGAGGAUAAGCAGUAUUACUUGACCGCGUGCGCUAGAGGCUUCUUCGUCAACCAGUCAACCAAGGAGAUGUUCAAUCCCAAACCGGCCACGCCUAGUCACUUGUGCCACAGCCUAAUCGAGCUGCUGAACCAGCUCAGUCAGGCCUUCAAGCGAGGCUUCGCCGCUAUGCAACGACGCAGGACUCAGAGGCAUCCCUUCGAACGAGUGGCCACGCCUUAUCAGCUGUAUGCCUGGAGCGCGCCGCAAAUCGAGCAUACCAUCGAUGCCAUUCGCGCAGAAGACACCUUCUCCUCCAAGUUGGGAUACGAAGAACACAUCCCGGGACAAACUCGCGACUGGAACGAGGAGCUGCAGACUACGAGAGAAUUGCCGCGUAAAAAUCUUCCCGAGAGAUUGCUGCGAGAGCGAGCUAUUUUCAAGGUUCACAGUGACUUCGUGGCGGCAGCGACUCGCGGAGCGGUGGCGGUGAUCGACGGCAACGUGAUGGCGAUCAACCCGGGCGAGGAGGCAAAAAUGCAGAUGUUCAUCUGGAACAAUAUCUUCUUCUCGCUCGGCUUCGACGUGCGCGAUCACUACAAAGAGUUGGGCGGCGACGCCGCGGCUUUCGUAGCGCCUCGCAAUGAUCUACAGGGCGUCCGGGUGUACGCAGCUGUGGACCUGCCCGGUCUCUACACCCUCGGCACCGUCGUCAUCGACUACAGAGGCUACCGUGUCACCGCGCAAUCCAUCAUACCGGGCAUACUGGAACGCGAACAGGAACAGUCGGUAGUCUACGGAUCGGUCGACUUCGGAAAGACAGUCCUCACGCAUCCCAAGUACCUCGAACUGCUGAACAAAGCUGGGCAGCAGCUGAAAAUCCUCCCCCACAAAGUGAUCAACGACGCCGGCGAGGAGAUUGAAUUGUGCAGCAGCGUGGAGUGCAAGGGUAUCAUCGGUAACGAUUCGCGGCAUUAUGUGCUGGAUCUGUUGAGGACCUUUCCGCCCGACGUAAAUUUCCUCAAACUUGAAGGUGUGGAGCUGAGCAAAGAGGCGCGAGCCUUGGGCUUUCCGGUGGAGCACAAGCAUAGAUUGGCCUGCUUGCGUCAGGAGCUCAUAGACUCAUUUGUCGAGGCGAGGUACGUUCAGUUUAUCAAGCACGCGGCCGUUAAUCUGCAGCAGCUUACGUCAGCUAGAAGAUCUCAAAAGGAAAAGGAGGCGUCUGCUAAGGAGGGCAAGAAGGAGGACUUAACUGUCGCCGUAGCUGUAGACAGCAACAAAGAAGACUGCACUCAGUCGUUGAUAGAAGCCGAUGAAGCUAAGAAAAUCGUCGAGAGCAUCACCGACUCGAUCACGGGCGGUGAAAAACAAGAAUUGGAGGAGAGCACGAAGGAGAUAGUGCGAAAAGCCGCAAUGGCGGUGGGCAGUCUGCGAGACGCCGAGUUCGACGUGAGAUUCAAUCCAGACGUUUUCUCGCCUGGCGUCAAGCAUCCGGAUGCCAACGGUUCCGACCUGAAGAAGCAGAAGCAAUUGGUGAAGGACGCCGCGGACUUCCUGCUCACGAUGCAGCUGCCAACAUUCAUUCGAGAGUGCCUGGAUCACACAGCAGCCGCGAUGGACGGCAGCACGUUGGUGGAGGCUCUUCACGGCAAGGGUAUCAACGUUCGAUAUCUCGGCAAACUGGCGGCCAUGCUGGCCGCGGUGCCGCAACUGCAGUAUCUCAAUCGCAUCGCCGUGUCGGAGCUGAUCCUUCGAUCCGCCAAACACAUCUUCACUUCUUACAUGCAGGGCACGGAACUGAUGAGUUUGUCCGCAGCCGUCAGCCACUUCCUGAAUUGUCUGCUGUCUUCGGCGCAGAUUAUACAUCCUCAACAAAAUUUGGAAGAGCUUCAAAGCAAAACUGCCAAACGCCGCAACAAACGCAAGGGUAGAAAUAACGGACCGCAGCAGUCGGAGGUGGAGUGGGCGUCAUUGACGCCUAAAUCGCUGUGGCAGCAAAUCAAAGGUGAUCUGAAAGCCUAUUUCGACUGGGAAACGCCGAGUCCGGAGUCCCUGGAUGCCACGAUAGAACACUUCCAUUUGCAGAAGAUCUCGCUGCUGCGUGGCUUCUGCACCAAGGCCGGCAUUCAGAUAUUGCUGCGCGAAUACAACUUCGAGAACAAGAACCGGGCUACGUUCUUCGAGGAGGACAUACUGAACAUCUUCCCUGUUGUCAAGCACAUCAAUCCCAGGGCCAGCGACGCGUACAACUUUUACACCACCGGCCAAAGUAAGAUCCAGCAGGGUUAUUUGAAGGACGGCUACGAGCUGAUCAGCGAGGCGCUGAAUCUUUUGAACAACGUGUACGGCGCCAUGCAUCCCGAGAUCGCGCAAUGUCUCAGAAUGCUGGCGAGACUGAAUUACAUAAUGGGCGAUCACGCGGAGGCGCUCGCCACUCAGCAGAAGGCUGUGCUCAUGUCGGAAAGAGUCAACGGCAUCGAUCAUCCGUAUACCAUCACAGAAUACAUACAUCUCGCCUUAUAUUCCUUCGCCAACGGCCAGGUGUCUGUCUCGCUAAGACUUCUGUACAGAGCACGUUAUCUGGCGCUGCUGGUCUGUGGCGAGGAUCAUCCGGAAGUGGCCUUGCUGGAUAGCAAUAUCUCGCUGAUCCUGCACGCGGUCGGCGAGUACGAGCUGUCGCUGCGCUUCCUGGAGCACGCGUUAGCCCUGAAUCUGCGUUACCACGGUCCGCGCUCGCUGAAGGUGGCGGUUUCCUAUCAUCUGGUCGCGCGCACCCAGUCGUGCAUGGGCGACUUCCGGGCGGCCCUGAACAACGAGAAGGAGACGUACGCGAUCUACAAGCAGCAAUUGGGCGAGGAGCACGAGAAGACGAAGGAGAGCAGCGACUGUUUGCGCCACCUGACCCAGCAGGCGGUCGUGCUGCAGAAGAAGAUGAACGAGAUCUACACGGGCAAGUCGGGCGUGAGCUUGCCGCCGAUUCAGGUGCAGGCGCCGAGCAUGGGCUCGGUGCUGGAUAUGCUCAAUGUGAUCAACGGCAUCCUCUUCGUGCAAAUCAGUCAGCAGGACAUCGACAACUUCAAAGCAGAGAUCGAAAAACGGCAGAAGGAACAGUCGCCGGACAGCGGCGAGGCCGUCAAAAUGAUCACCGAGACGGACGCCAAGAAGGACGACAGGGAGACGAAGAAGGCGUCCGCGGAGAAGAAGAUCGAGCAGAAACCGGAGACCAAAAAAUUAGACGAUAGCAAAGAGGACACCCUGGAGCCGGUCGCGGUGGCGGAGAGCUGAGUUCUUUGCGCACCGACGACGAACGUCAGUAGUCUUUCCUUUCUCUUUUUUUAAAUCCUAGUCCUCUGCCGCGAGGGACGACUUCGCGCGCGCUCGAGGAUCAUUGCGUAUAUGGUUAUGUGUAUGUAUGUGUGUUCUCAUACGCAGCAUACAUAUACAUACUUCGUAUUUGUACUGUUUUGUUGUACUUUUCAAACGCAAUCGGGUUAUAAGACUAGUUAAAAAAAAAAAAAUGGAACGAGAUGCAAGUUUCUCAUCGUUUGCUAAGAAAGAGGCGAGAAGCGCAUAUAUUCGUCGAGGAGUUGAAUUCACACGCGAUGCGCACACUCAUUUUGUUAUAAGUGUACAUAACAGACAAGGGUGUCGCGUCGCUUGAAGGAACGAUCUUCGAUGCGAGUGCGUUAGAUAUACAACAAAGGAUUGUUUCCGCUGCGCGUCGCAGAAUCGAGGAGCAAUAUGAUCUCUUCAUCCGUGUGAUCGCGCAUUUUUUCAAGGAAGAGCUCGUUAUUCGUCGCUGCAACGCCGGUGAUACGAUGCGUCGACGAUUCCGACUGUUAAUUCGUUAUAUUUAUUCGUUAAUCGGCGACGUUUCACUCGAUCAUUUUUAAUAGGUAUCGGAAAUCAUAUGUCUCCUUUUUUUUCUAUUUACAGCGAAUUCGAGUGCACUAGUGUGCACUGGUGCACACUAACCCUUUGCGGUCGAAUUGCGCUUAAUAAUGACUGUCCUACUGAUCGCGUUAUUAAAGAUUGUCCUGCGAAAGACAUGAAAAGAUUUUGCUAAGAGAUAAGAAUACAAGUGAAAUCUUGUGCGAUCAGCCGCGAAUGAGAAAAAGAGUACAGCUGAUUGCCGUGUAAGAAAAAUGCGCAGCGAGUCCAGUUUGUCACCGCAAAGGGUUAAAUUAUACUUAACUAUAAAUAUACUGGGUCUGUCAAAAAGUUCGGUUCGAUUUUUAGUAUGUAUCGCUAAAAUUGUUUAAUACAGGAAAAGCUGUUAAAAAAUGUCUUUGCAUUCUCAGCUGCAAUUUUGAUGCAAAAUUAGUUUGUUUCGAUUAAAAAAUGAGCGUCGAAAAGCUGCAUUUGCGUCGCAUUAUGUUCAAGUUUCGAGAAAAUUCGAAUGUUUCUGCCUGAAAGCUUUGUAAAGUGUACAGAGAGCCGCUGUAACUUCCAAAACAGUUAGAAAAUGGUUUUGCAAAGUUUCGACGCGGUGAUUUUGAUCUCAAUGACAUGGACGCUCCACGGAAAUGGAUGAUGACGCAAUUUACUCGAAGCGAACUCGCGAAUUUUGAAAGGUCAACGAAAUUAUUUCAUUGAUUAGCGAUAAAGCGAUGUGUUUAUUAAUAAAGCGAUUGAAUUUCCUUGAAAAAUCGAACCGAACUGUUCGACGGACCCAGUACAUAAUGUAUGCGAGCAAAUUGGACGCACUGAACAUUUUGGGGGGGGGGGGGGUGUUCGGUAUAAGUUUUCCUUUUACCCAGAUUUGUUUUUAGCAGAACGCAUGUCGGACACUAUGGGCAUUACGUUACGUCAUGUUAUUACGAUUAGAAACGUGUACAACGGACGAUGCACCAGCGCGCACUGGUGCUUUCAAAUGAGUUCAGCAAUCCGGUUCUAUCUGUCCUUUUCCGCAAGGUCGCCGUUUAGGCUGUUGUCGCCGCAUCCUAAUUAAUACCAAUGAAAGAAGAAAGUAUCGUGAUAUCGAAAUCCAUGCAAAUGUAACGCACCGUCUUUUAUUUCGUACAGCAGUUCGUAUGCAAAAGUGCUUCCUUUUACUUUCAUCAGUGUCCUCGAAUUGUGCAGGAUUUUAUUUUUAAGCAAUAUACUUCUCGUUGAUGCAUGGGUAUAUUAUACAUCAACACUCUCAGUCGUGAGAAGAGUGGUGAUAAGAGUAAACGCUGCAAGAGCGAAUGACGUUGUUACCCGAUUAUAUUUGUUAAUA